GGACUGUACAAGCGAAAAGCUUGCACAAAGACAUUACUCCAUCAAUCGAGACGCAACACUUUGAUGAAAUUCAUUUACCUCACAACAUAUAUGAUGUUGUAAUCGUAGGUGGCGGCAUAACAGGAUGCACGCUAGCCUGUGCAUUAGCAUCCACACCAGAAACUUCCUUGCUGCGAGUUGCGUUAAUUGAAGUCAGCGAUUUGACCAAAAUUAAAGGCUGGAACCCAUCCGAGGAGGAAUUUUCGAAUCGCGUAAGUUCGUUGACACCUCGAUCUGUCGGAUUUCUAAAAGACAUAGGAGCCUGGCAACAUGUAGAUAGAUCUCGCACCCGACCCUACGAAUUCAUGCAAGUUUGGGAUGGUAUCAGCGACUCUAGAUUAAGCUUUGAUCUCGACAAUAUCAAGUCAGAUGCCAUUGCAUGGGUUGUGGAAAAUAAUCAUAUUCAACGUGCGAUUCUUGCCCGUCUUGAGGAAUGCAAUGAUGGCAAUGUGGACGUUCUUGAUGGCACAAGGGUUGAAAAAAUCUUUUACGAGAGUGAGUCGGGCAAUGAAUUCGAUCUGUCAGAUUGGCCCACCGUGCUUCUAAGUAGUGGAGAGACUUUAAAGGCGCGUCUACUGGUCGGCGCCGAUGGAGUAAACUCAGCUGUACGUUCUUUUGCUGGAAUCGAUAUGCUUGGUUGGGAUUAUGAUGCUAAUGCAGUUGUUGCCACGUUACAUGUUGACCCUCUAGUGGAGAAUAAGACAGCGUGGCAGCGAUUCCUUCCAACUGGUCCCAUUGCCAUGUUACCGGCAAUAUGGUCUACUAUUCCUGCAUUGGCGUCAAAACUUCGUCUCCUUCCAGAAAGCGAUUUCGUUCAUCUUGUCAAUGCUGCUUUCAGACUGCGUUUGGCCGACCUACAGUAUUUUCAAUCGCAGCUUUUGGAGGGAGACGAUAUAAAUUUACAAGAUGAAAUUACAUGGCGGGAACAAGUCGAAACCAAGAAUUUCACGGGUGAGAACAUGGAGGAUGAUAGUAAAUUACCCCCAAGGAUUUUGGGUGUGCAAGAAAAGAGUAGAGCAUCCUUUCCAUUAAAGAUGAGGAACGCUGAGAGAUAUGUUAAAGAGAGGAUUACAUUGAUUGGUGAUGCAGCACAUACCAUACACCCGCUUGCUGGUCAAGGAUUAAAUCAAGGCAUUGCAGAUGCCCAAUGCCUGACACAAACCAUUCAGGCUGGAGUUAACACGGGACAAAACAUUGGCGAUCUGGAAUUACUUGGUGAAUAUUCAUCUGCUCGAUACUUGCCCAACCUUGCCAUGAUUGGAGCUGUGGAUAAAUUACAUAAACUAUAUUCUACUGAAUUCGGUCCAAUAGUAUGGACAAGAUCUAUUGGGUUAAACGCGAUCAACAGAAUGUCACCGCUCAAGACUGAAAUAAUGAAAUUCGCCAUGGGGAUUGGAACGGAUGUUUAUGGAUAA